AUGGUGAUUGGAGGACCCACAUUGAAGCUUUCUAAUGGCGUUGUGAUGCCACAAGUCGGAUUGGGAACUUGGCUGUCAACCCCUGAAGAGGUAAAGGCUGCUGUAAAAGCUGCCGUGAAGAAUGGCUAUCGUCUCAUCGACACCGCAAAAUUGUACGAAAAUGAGCAAGCUAUUGGCGAUGCUAUUCAAGAGCUUAUCAAAGAAGGAGUUGUCAAAAGAGAGGACCUUUUCAUCACCACUAAGGCCUUCGUGACUGAACUUGCUCCUGGAAAGCUUGAACCAGCUCUUCGCGCUUCUUUGAAACGCCUUCAAAUGGACUACGUCGACUUGUAUUUGGCUCAUAUGCCAGCUACUAUGAAUGACGAUAUGAGUGACAAAAUUAAUGUUCCUAUUGAAGAAGUGUGGAAGGGAUUUGAACAGGUCUAUAAUUUAAAAUUGGCCAGAGCUGUGGGUGUGUCGAACACCAAUAAUGAUCAAAUCGCUAGAAUAUUGAAAUCCAGCAGUGUUCCAGUUCACAAUUCUCAGGUGGAACUUCAUCUCUACUUCCCACAACAUGAGCAUGUUGAUUUCUGCAAAAAGAACAAUAUCAUUGUGACUUCCUACGCUACUCUUGGUAGUCCGGGAAGAAAGGAAGCUGUUUUCCCAGAUGGAAAAAAAAUUGAUUGGGGUGAUGCUCCUUUGGAGUUGGAAGACGCCAACGUAAAGAAGCUUGGUGAGAAAUACAAUAAGUCACCAGCGCAAGUAUUGCUACGCUAUGCCAUGGAUCGCGGGCUCGCCAUCAUUCCAAAGUCCAUUAAUGAGAAGAGAAUCAUUGAAAAUUUUCAGCUUUUCGACUUCAAGCUUUCUCAAGAUGAGAUUAAACUUCUCGAAUCUACAAAGUAUAACAAGCGGCUUUUCCUUCAUCCAUUCAUGAUUGGCCACAUCGAGGAUGCUUUCAAGUCAGAGCGAUAA